UAGCGGGCCAGGCCCGAAAUGAUUCCAGUAUUGAAUUCCGCUUCUCCCCCAAUUUUCUUUUCUUCCAAGAAUUCUUCAUUUGUUCAAAACCCUAGAAAUCUAAUUAAUUGAUUUGUGAUAUCACGAAACGAUCAGUCUUGAUCUCUAUUCAGUGGAAUUAAUCGUAUUGGAAAGAAAAAUGGCGCUGACUAAUUUCAUACUUACUGUGGCCGGAGUGAGCGCCGUCGUGCUGCUGCUGCGGAGCGAUGUGAAGCAGUCCGCCACCAUCUUCCGCCGAAACGUCCGCCAAAUCCGCAGCUGGCUCGAGGAGGAAUCCGCCUCCGCCGCUAAGGAAAUAGAGAAGAAGGCAAAACCCAAGGAAAUUUCAGAGAAAGAUAUCCCCAAGAAAGACUAAGCGUUAGGUUCAAUUUACGUCUAGCACAGCUCCCGUCUUUGUCAUGAUCGUUAGCAUCACAACCAACUAAGCUUUAAUGUGUAGAUUGUAGAAUCUACAGCAGAGGAAGUGGAUCUGGUGAUUAGUGCCUCUUUUUUCCAAGCUGGUUGAGUUUUGGUGUUUUACUGCGACUUUGAACUGAGUUGAUCAAUAUGAGUGAUUUUACCUUGGCCUCGUACCUAUCUAUGUUCUCAUGUUUCAGGAUUUCCUCAGCUCUUUAUGCUCGUCACUUGCUCUUAGUUGUUGAUCCCAUAGUUGGAUUUUCUUGUUACAUAAACGUCAUGUUCAAAAUCAUGUUUUUAAUUAGUAAGAGUGGCAUGUUCAAAAUGAGUCGAGUAGAUAUGAGCUUCGUCACUGGUCUUGUUGUGUCGGACGAUAGAGGUUCAGUUUUUUGUAAUGUAAUACUACUACUCCAUAUUAGAUCUGGUGGUGACAGUUAACAGCUGGUGAUAAGCUAAUAUAUGAAACUAUGAUUACAAGAUUUUACUUUUA